CAGCUAGCUAGAUCGAGUAGCGCUCAAUCCUCUAGCGGUAGCCCAUGGAACAACCCAAUAGCGGUAGCCCAUCCGAGACUCACAUCGAUGAUCUUGUGUCCAAACUUCCAGUGAGAGAGGGCAUGGUGCUCUACAAGAGCUACUGGCUAUGGCCGCAGACCGCCAAAAGAGUGAUGCUCCUCCAAGACAUGUUCAAGGCUCGUGAUGACGAUGUCAUCCUAGCCACAAACCCCAAGUGUGGCACCACAUGGCUCAAGGCCCUCGCCUUCACGAUAACCACCCGCUCCAGCUACGACCUCCACAACCACCCUCUCCUCACCCUUCAUCCCCAGGAGGUUGUGCCUUUCCUGGAGAUCCCUGCAAACGAGGACCUAACCUAUGUUGAGACACUUGCCUCCCCAAGGCUUCUGGCCACCCAUGUGCCCAUGUCGCUUCUUCCUGAAUCCAUAGCCAACCAUGGCUGUGUUCGCAUCGUUUAUAUUUGUCGAGAGCCCAAGGAUGCCUUUGUGUCGUUGUGGCAUUUCUGGAACAGGGUUCAUGGAGGACGCGGUGCUGACUUGGACUUGGACACUGCGUUCAAUAGGUUUUGCGAGGGUGCUCUUCCCUACGGGCCUUUCUGGAAUCAUUGCCUCGAGUACUGGAAGGAAAGCAUCGCGAGGCCCGACAGGGUUCUGUUCCUCAAGUACGAAGACAUGAUGUCAGAUCCUGUGGGGUGUGUCAAGAAACUUGCAUUGUUCCUCGGUGUCCCGUUCACCGACAGGGAAGAAGAGGGCGGCGUUGUUGAGCAGGUGGUGAGGUUGUGCAGCUUUGAGAUGCUUAGUGGCUUGGAGGCUAACAAGACAGGAAAUCUAAAGGUUCGUGCAAGACCUAAUGUGGUGUAUGAGAAAGCAGCCUUCUUCAGGAGAGGCAAGGUGGGUGAUUGGGUAAAUCACAUGAGUGAAGAGAUGGGGACAAAGUUGGAUUCCAUCAUGGAAGAGAAGCUCAAGGGAUCCGGCCUUGUGUUAUGAAAAAUAUAUACUAUGUACGUAUGUAUGUCAGUGUGUGUGACUAUAUGCAUCCGAUCCAUCCUAUAUUUCCAAGCAGAAGAUCUAUGCCGGCCUUUUAGCUUUUGAAACCAAAUAAUGAUAUCUUUUGGUACCUAAAGAGCAA